AUUUCAUGGCGAUUAUUACUACCAUGACUCUUCUUCUAAACUACUCCAUUCUACUGUACGAGGCACACACAGGAAACGACAAAACAACCAUGCAAUGCAACUUGUGCACGCCCAUAUUCUUGUCAUGUUAAUGACGCCACAAAAAUUAAGUAUUUUAUUACAAAAAAUUCAAAAAUUAAACACGUGAUAAAACUCAACCACUUAUCCUCUCACAAUUUACACAUAAGAACCUUCCAAGAAGCUAAGCACAAAGACCAAUAUCCUUACAAAAUUAAUUAAAUUUAAACCCGAAACCGUUUUUGUUACAUAGAUUUGAAUAAUUUUCAAAAUCCAUUUUCUAAGUUCAUGAACCUUCACUCCUAUAAAUACCUUCUUCUCUUUUCCUUCCAAAUUCGAAUAUUCAAUUCAUUACAUCAAUUUUUUCUCUCAAAAACCAAAUUAAAAAAUUUUACUAAUUUCACACACACACAAAAAAAAACAUGUACGGAGAAAGUACAUAUGAAUCUGAUGUGGCUCUUUUAGAGUCGAUUCGGCUUCACUUACUUGGAGAUUCCGAUGUUUUUACAUUCGGAGCUCCCAAUAAUGCUCCAAUAUUCUGUCGGAGCUCAAGUUUCAGCAACCUUAACCCAUGUCUGAGUGAAAAUUGGGGAGAACUACCACUCAAAGAAGAUGAUUCAGAUGACAUGGUGCUUUACGGUGUACUUCGUGACGCCGUUAAUGUUGGGUGGAUCCCAUCUCUCGAUGCAGGCUCACCGGAGAGUUUUUCUUCGUCUGGUUUAAUGCCGUCGAGGAUUGUUAAAUCGGAGCCGGAAGUUCAGAGUUCAACUGAAAUGAUUGUUUCAUCUCCGGUGGAUGUGCCGACGAAGGGGAAGCAUUAUAGGGGAGUGAGACGGCGGCCGUGGGGAAAAUUUGCGGCGGAGAUACGUGAUCCGGCUAAAAAUGGGGCGCGGGUUUGGCUUGGAACAUUUGAAACGGCUGAGGAUGCAGCUUUGGCUUAUGAUAGAGCUGCUUAUAGAAUGCGUGGGUCAAAAGCUAUGUUGAAUUUUCCGCUUCGGGUUAAUUCCGGUGAGCCUGACCCGGUUAGAGUGCCGUCGAAGCGGUUUUCUUCUUCGUCGGAGUAUGGAUUGUUGGUGAAACGGAGGAAGAAGGUGGUGGGGGCAACGGUGGAUUGAAAAUGGGAACUAGUGGGAAGUCAAGUGGGAUAGUGGACACGUGGAGAAGAGUUAUUGGGUAGUUGAUUGUAAUGCUGACGUGGAAUGCAUCUUUUUUUGAAAAGUGUUUUGUAAUUAUAUGAUGUUAAUGUGCUUAUUGAAGUGGUUCUAACUUCUAAGCCACUCAAGCAUGAACCCAACAAAUUUUGGAAGAUGUUGCAAAAGGAUAAAGAGGGGAACUCUAGUGGGAGUUAUAAAAUUGAAAGGGAAAGUAGAGGUGUAAACAAAAAAGCCUUAAAUGGAUAAGGAGAAAAAGAGAGAAAUUGGGGUGAUGGUUUUGUUUGUGAAUAUGAGAUUUGUUAAUUUUUGGUUUAAUAUUUAUGAAUAUAUGCAUUUUGUGCUUUAUAAAACUCUGUGAUAUAAAAUAAAACACUUUAGUGCUAUAUAAAUGGUGAGGAUUGUUGUGAGGUCA